AUGCUUUUUCUCCAGCUCUGCGAUCUCCGAGUCGUCAGAAGCGGAGGCGUGAAGCUCAGACCAAACAUCUCCUUCAUAGCUCUUCCUUGCUCCACGAACCUCACUAGCUUCGCCACCACGGCUGCGCUGUCGCCACCAUCUUAUUUGUGUUAUACCUUCAUGUUCCUCUCGGUCGCCACUUCUCUUGCUCGACGGGAUAAAGAUGAAGUACAACAUCAGAUAUCAAUCUUGCUUUUUAUUGGGUUGGCCUGUGGAGUCAUGAUGAUGGUGUUUACAAGGCUGUUUGGUUCCUGGGCACUAACUGGGGCGAAGAAUGCUGAGAUUGUCCCGGCGGCAAAUACAAAUGUUCAGAUCCUUGGUUUGGCAUGGCCAGCUGUUCUCAUUGGAUGGGUUGCUCAAAGUGCAAGGAUAUGGUAUAGCUGGUGCCGCUUAGGCAACUAUGGUGUCACAAGUAAGCUGAAAUCUCUUAAGGUUGUUGCAGCUUAUAUGAUGAUGGACGCGUUGAACAAGAAAGGAUACAGCGCCUUCUCACUCUGUGUUCCUUCUCCAAGUGAACUCUUGACAAUCUUUGGGCUCGCUGCCCCAGUCUUUAUAACUAUGAUGUCAAAGGUUACUACUUGA